AUGUAAACUGCACCUCCCUUCUCAAAUAAUCACACCAACCCUCUCUUGAUGAAGGAUGACGUUGGAAAAUCAAAGCCCUCCACCUACAACCUUCCUAAUCAAGACUUUAUUUAUGGAUAACCACUCUCAAGAGACAAAGAAGGAGCCAAAGAAGUUACUAUGACCUGGAAAUUUCAUCAAGAAUCUCAAGAUCAUCUACCAAAUCGAGACUUUGCUGAACUCAAUAAACAAUCCAUACACAAUGGCUCAUUCAAAGCACAUGACAUGUACAAAUUCAGACAGACUCAUGAUGCCAGACUUAAAGUUAAGAAGGGCACAAAUAUUCAGGCCAUUGAAUUACCAGAAGAGGAAUUUCGCUAUGGUCGUAAAAACAGACCAUCAACACCUAUGAAAUUAGUCAUGGGCAACUCUUAUUGUAUUGAGGCUGAAUCAACCAUUCUGGAUAAAUAUCAAUAGAGAGCAGGAUCUCAAGAUUCCAAAAUGACUUCUUCCAUGGUCAAAGGCAACAAGGCCUCCUAAUUAUUUCACGAUACCAACCACAAAAAAUUGGCUGCGAUUUAAGGAGUAGAAAAGAAGGAACCCUUUAAAAUGGAGAAAUUUAAAUCUGUCACCUCUAAAAUCAACACAAAUUUAUCAACUAAAAAAUGA